AAAAAAUUAAAGAUUAAUUUAUCGAAUUUGAAUAAAAAAUACAAUUGAGCUUUACUUGAACAAAUAUUAGGUAUGCCUAAAACAAAAUGAGCGUUUAAAUAAUUUAGGCCAUGCUUUCGAUCUGACAACGGACAUCUAUGCAUCGACAGCGCCACUAGCCGCAAUAUUUCUUUGAGUACUAAAGGAAAAGGAUUCAUAAACGUGAAUAAUGAAAACUUACUUCAAAUUAUCGGACUGGCUAAAGAAGCUUCGGAACUAAUCGAUUCGUUUCGAUCAAACGAUUUACCUGAGUUUGCGGAUACAAUAAACAAAUUUGUGCCACUGAUAGAUGGUCCGAGAAGUUUAUCUAGUCGAGUUACCGCUCUGGAAGUGCAAAUUAUGAAUACGUCAUCGAAAUUAUCUACUAAGGGUAAAGGUGGAUCGACGUCCAUCGCAGAUAGAUUAGAAGUCAGAUUGACUAAUUUGGAAAAGAAAAUCACUAAUCUCGUUAGUCUUCUGUCGAUUAGCGAAUGCUUGAGUAACCCUUGCCAGAAUGGUGGCAUAUGUGUGGAUCUUUAUAACGGAUUUCAAUGUAAUUGUCCAAAUAAUUGGCAGGUAAGUGCUAAGAUAAUCAUAUUAAUCAGUGGCUAAACGCA